CCAGCAGCACGCAGUGAGAGGGUGGGUCACGCGAGUCAUGUGACAUGACAGGAAACGCAAGGAUGGAGAAAAGCUAAGGAAGGACGUUGCCUUGGAAGUGGCUUCCUCUUUACCCAGAGUGCUUGUGGUAUGGCAGCAGUUUGGCAGCAGGUUUUGGCAGUGGAUGCAAGGUACAAUGCUUACCGCACGCCUACCUUCCCACAGUUCCGAACUCAAUACAUCCGUCGACGCAGCCAGCUGCUCAGAGAGAACGCCAAGUGUGGCUUUGAACCAGGGCUGCGCAGGCAGUACCUGAGGCUGCGCAGUCAGCUGUUGGCCCUGCGCUACGGGCCCCUGUCUGAGCAGAGCAGCUUCAGGGCCAGCAGUGUGCGCAGCUCCCGCACCACACUGGACCGCAUGGAGGACUUUGAGGAGGACCCUCGUGCUCAAGGAGCUCGUGGCCACCGUCGGUCUGUUAGCAGAGGCUCCUACCAACUACAGGCCCAGAUGAACAGAGCUGUCUAUGAUGAGAGGCCUCCGGGCAGUUUGGUGCCCACCUCUGUGGCAGAGGCCAGUCGUGCUAUGGCAGGGGACACAACCCUGAGUGAAAAUUAUGCUUUUGCUGGCAUGCACCACAUUUUCGACCAGCACGUUGACUCUGCUGUUCCACGGUUACAGUUUGCCAAUGAUGACAAGCACCUCCUUGCUUGCUGCUCUUUGGAUGGCACCCUGUCCAUUAUGACGUUGUCCCCACCUCCUCCGAGUGUGAAGGUGACUCUGAAAGGGCAUGGCGGUCCCGUCACAGACUUUGCCUGGUCUCUGAGCAAUGACAUAAUUGUGUCAACAUCAUUAGAUGGGACUCUGCGCAUUUGGAACACCGAGGAUGGUCGGUGCAUCCGAGAAGUCAGAGACCCAGAAUCUAGUGAACUGCUCUGCUGCACCUUCCAGCCCAUGAAUAAUAACCUUACUGUGGUGGGAAACAGCAAGCACCACCUGCAGGUGGUUAACAUCUCCACUGGGAAGAAGGUGAAGGGGGGCUCCAGUAAGCUGACAGGCCGCGUGCUGUCUCUCUCCUUUGAUGCUCCGGGGAGGAUCCUUUGGGCUGGUGAUGACAGGGGGAGUAUUUUCUCCUUCCUCUUUGACAUGGCAACAGGGAAGCUAACCAAAGCCAAGCGCCUGGUGGUGAGUGAAGGCAGCUCCAUCUGCAGCAUAUCUGCUCGGUCCUGGAUUAGCCGGGAGGCCAGAGACCCCUCCCUUUUGGUCAAUGCCUGUGUUAAUAAGCUGCUGCUGUACAGGGUGGUAGAUAAUGAAGGUACACUACAGCUGAAGAGAAGCUUCCCCAUCCAGCAUGGAUCUCAACACGUUCAUAGCAUCUUCUGCCCCCUCAUGUCUUUCAGACAGGGGGCUUGUGUUGUAACUGGCAGCGAGGAUGCCUGUGUCUACUUCUUCGACGUUGAGCGCAACACCAAGGCCAUUGUGAACAAGCUACAGGGUCACGGGGGACCAGUUUUGGAUGUGAGCUUCAACUGUGACGAGAGUUUGCUGGCAUCUGCGGAUUCCACCGGCAUGGUCAUCAUCUGGAGGCGUGAGCAGAAGUGACUGAUCCGUCAACAGAGAGCUUCCAUCCACUGUGUAUAAAAGGCCUGCUGCUUUUUAACCGUCCAAUAACAAGCUGUAGAUUUUCACUGGAAUGUAAGGGGCUGCAUCAGAUGUUUAAUGUAAUAAUACUAAAGUGCAAUCAAACAGAACAGCAUCCUGUGCAGGUGAAAGGGAUGUCUAAGAAAUUCAUUGGGUGGGAGGUGGGCCGGUAUAUGUGUCAGUACUCCUACACCUGCUGCUGAGAAAUGGUUUAUUGGUAAAGAAAGAGCACUACUACCAUGCAUGUGUCAUGGCUCACCUCCAGCUUGUGUGGAUGUGACUGAAUUCAUGUGAAGAGGAUGCAGCAUAAUCUUACUGAAAAAAAAACAACACUUGUAUCACACUGAUGUUCCCUCUGGCAUAGAUCUAGUUCACUAUUUAUGUAACUGUUAUUCAAGCAGUGUGAUCAAACGUAUUAAAACAGCCUUGUUUGCUCUCAGUUGCCUGUUUGCAUAUUGACAUGUGCAUGAAACUGAAAUCAGAAUCAGUCAGUAGGAAUAUCAAACCAAUCUACACAAAAAGUGUGUUUAUAAGUAUGUGUUUGUACUUAUUUGUAUGUGUGUACUCAGUUAAUGCUGGUUGCUUAUAAGUUAUUUAACACACAAUAAACUAGUGUUGUUGU